AGAGCCAUCAUGUCUUCCAGUUCAGCGACAACCAGGAUCCUAAUCAAGGGUGGCAAGGUGGGUAUGUUGUGUUGACUGUUGUUGUUGGUGGUGAAGAUCUCAGUGGGAUCGAAAAAUGGUGAUUGUGAAGCAUUACAGAAUUACAAAUAUUACCUGUUUCAUUUAUGCAUUUUCUUCUGUCCAGCACCUGAUUCUCUCCAGGAUCUGAUUAGUGCAUAUAUUUUUCCUUUUGCCACCAGGUGGUGAACGAUGACGUUACGCUGGAGGCGGAUGUGUACAUCGAGAACGGCAUCAUCCAGCAGGUGGGGGAGGGGCUGAUGAUCCCAGGAGGGGCCAAGGUGAUUGACGCCUCCGGGAAACUGGUCCUCCCCGGGGGGAUCGACACCAGCGUGCACCUGCAGCAGAGUUUCAUGAACGCUACCACCGUGGACGACUACUACAGCGGCACCAAGGUAUGGAUGGUUUACAGCUGUUCUACUACUGUCUGUGAGGUUGAGAAGAAAUACCCACGCUUAAGGACACUGGCAUUAUCCUCAGUAACCUUGUAUAGGCAGUGCAGGAUGGAUCUCCCAUCUGAGUCUGGUUCCUCUCCAGGUUUCUUCCUUCUAGGGAGAUUUUCUUUGCAACUGUGCUGCCGCUUGCUCUGGAGAUUUAGGCAGGGUUACAGAACAAAACCUUGUGAUAUGUUGUAGCAAAAAGGGCUGUAUCAAUCACAUUUGAUUGGUUGGUUCAUUGAGAAAAAGGUCUGUGUGUGUAUUUUGGUAGAAACCUGCGGCAGGGUUUGUCUAGCAGUGCCAAAUACUCAGUUACAACAAUUAAAAUCCCAGUGGGAAGAAAAAUGGUUGCAAUGACAUCAUUAUUACAAUUUUUUAUUUUUAACUAGGCAAGUCAGUUAAGAACAAAUUCUUAUUUACAAUGACGGCCUACACCGGCCAAACCCGGGCCAAUUGUGCGCCGCCCUAUGAGACUCCCAAUCACGGCCGGUUGUGAUACAGCCUGGAAUCGAACCAGGGAGUCUGUAGUGAUGCCUCAAGCACUGAGAUGCAGUGCCUUAGACCACUGCGCCACUCAGGAGCCCACAAUACCCUCUGGGAAUUUAGUAAUACAUUAUACUAAUAGGGUGGGUCAUUGAACUGAACUGAAUGAUGAACUAAAUGAUAGCAACUAUUGGAACAAGAGGCAGUAUUGUCUUGUAUAUUGAUUAGAACCAACAUGGUGGUAUAUGUAUUGAAAGACAGAUACAUAAUUACUAUGUACCAUUUAAUACACAAUAAUUGGCCCAGUCUUGCGGGAACCCAGUGGACCACCAUCUACCAUGGCAACUAAAUAAACUCAUCUUCCCAGCUUGCCUUGCAGUGUGAGAAAAUAACCUCAGACUUAAGGUGGAGACAGACUCUGAAUCCCAAGUCAACCUCUAGCCCCUUAUCCCUUCAUCCCUAGACACUCCUUUCCUGUAGAUGUGAAAGAUUUGGAUAGGUGUAAGCAAUAGGCCCUAAGGCCAAAACCCCACUCAGCCUAUCAGAAGGCACAUUGAAGUAAUUACCAUAUUGCCAAUGAAUUACUCUUUGAUCUACAGAAGUAGCUAGGAGCUAGCGGUUGAUUAGGGAUUUGGGUAGAGACCAAGAAAUAUUCAGAGAACUACUACAGUAUUAAACUGGGCGUGGUUCAGACUCAGAGAUGCUGCUUUGAUUUAGACAAAGAUAGUGGAUACAUAAGGCUGCUGACUCAAGUUAUCUAUUAUAUAAUAUUCUCUGUUUUUCUGAGUCAUCUUUAUUUUAUUUUAUUACAUAUCUCACCUACCCCAUAAAUGGUUUAUAUAGAUAAUGUGGCAGAAAGCUGUGGAAUCGGUAGCAGGGUGUGCUGAUGCAGUCAGACAGAAGGGUACUGAACAGACUGGAGAGAGAAGAUGGAGGAGGGAUAGCGAGAGAUAGAUAGAUAGAGAGGGAGAGAGAGGGAGGGAGAGGGAGAGAGAGGGAGAUCGAGAGAGAGAGAGAGAGAGAGAGAGCGAGAGAGAGAGAGAGAGAGCGAGAGAGAGAGAGAGAGAGAGAGAGAGAGAGAGAGAGAGAGAGAGAGAGAGAAAAGAUGGUGCAGGGAUAGAGAGAGAUAGAGAGAGAGACAGAGAGACAAAGAUAGAAUGAGAGAGAGAGAGCAAGAGAGAGAGCAAGAGAGAGAGAGAGAUAAGAUGGUGGAGGGGCACAGACUGAGACUGGGGCUAUCCCAGAUCAGGGCAUGCAUGACUCAUCAAUUAUCAUUCUCUACCACCCAGAGAUGACAUAUAGAGUCUGAGAACAUAGCUGUGUUUUAGACAUUAAUGACAAGCUAGCCAAGGAGAUGUUAUCAUUCUGCUAUACUGGCGUUGGCAGAUCCUGGCGACACAGGCACUAUUUUCUGCUCCCCCCGCCCGCCGUUGCUGCUGCCGUGCUGCCCGGCUAGAGUACAGAGACAAAUGCAGAUCAGUUUCUGUUUCCAUGGCUACCGUCUGGUUGCUGCAAAGACUGCUGCGAAGCCUUUUCACUCAGGCCAUUGUGCUUGAAGACAAUAGUUCUCAAACACACUAGACACACCGCCAACCCUUACCAGACACUACUCCACUCUCUCUAUUGUCAGCUGACUGAAAGAUGCUAUUUGGAGCAUUCACUUAGCUACACAUAGUAACAGACUACCAGUAUUUUAAAGGAUUUAUAUAGAAUGUAUUUGUUGUUUACAUCAGUAUCAACCUGGUUUUGUAAGGAUUUAGUACAUUCACAAAUAUGUAAUGGAGCAGUAGUGAAGCUUUCAUAUCUUGGAAUCUAUGAAUAUAGAAAUGUAUCCUCUUUAAUAAUACCUUUUUUUUUUUACUAUUUUGAUGGCCAUACAAUGUAUUCUUCAUUCCUACAUUUCCGAUCUAGUAUGUCUGCCUCUGCUUCAGAUAGACAGCCCUAAAUGGAUAGCUGAUUGAUAGUGUAAUAAACAAUGAAAGGACUGACAGUUUCUUGAUAUACGUUAGCUCACAGACCAUCAUCAUGGCUGUAAUACCUCUUCAUUAUACCCCACGGGUUAUCUCCCAGUCCCCUUCCCAUGUUCCAAUCUAGUUAUUGAUAUAUGUUUUUCACAUCCCACCCAGUAAAUAAACAUUAGGGGUAAUUGACACCUUUUACUGUUGGUUUUAAACCUGAGGUAUAUUGGCAUGUUAAUUAUGUCUUGCCCCUGAAUUUAUAGAGAAUAAUCGAUGCAUGCAUUAACCCUAUACAGUCAUUGGCAUUAACCCUAUACAGUCAUUGGCAUUAACCAGACCGGACAUCAUCAUGGAGCCUCUGGCUAGCGACACUUACAUGUAUUGUGUCUCAGUGGCCUCCUACUUAUAAACCAUUUACAAACCCUUUUAUAAAGUAUUUCUUAAUGUAACGUAGUACCUAUACUGAACAAAAAUAUAAACGCAACAUGCAACAAUUUCAAUGAUUUUACUGAGUAACAGUUCAUAUAAGGAAAUCAGUCAAUUUAAAUCAAUUCAUUAGGCCCUAAUCUAUGGAUUUCACAUGACUGGGCAGGGGCACAGCCAUGGGUGGGCUUGGAGGGCAUAGGCCCACCUACUGGGGAGCCAGGCCCAGCCAAUCAGAAUGAGUUUUUCCCCACAAAAGUACUUUAUUACAGACAGAAAUACUCCUGAAGUUGGUGGGCCUUGUACGCAAAAUUUGAGAGAAAUAAUAUUUUUGUGCGUAUGGAACAUUUCUGGGAUAUUUUAUUUCAGCUCAUGAAACAUGGGACCAACACUUUACAUGUUGCGUUUCUGUUUUUGUUCAGUAUAAUAUACCUUUAUGUAAAGUGGGAUCCAUAGUUGUAAUGUGUGUGUCUUCUCUGAUCUGAGAUACUGGUGGUUUUGUCUACAGGCAGCCCUGGCUGGAGGUACCACCAUGGUUAUAGGACAUGUAUUACCAGAGAAGAAUGAAUCUCUACUUGAGGCCUACGAGAAGACCCGCUCCCAGGCCGACAAUAAAGCCUGCUGCGAUUACGCCCUUCAUAUGGGGGUCACCUGGUGGGGGCCCAAGGUAACUGUCACACUCCCUUGAUAACUGAUGUUUAUACCCUUUUCAUUUUACUGAGCUAAGAUGAACCUAGCGGAGCUGAUCUGUACUGCACUGACCUGGUUACACAUCCACCAUAUUUGCUGGAACUGUGCUGCAAAAGUCACUGAAAGGAAAAUAUCCAAGCCAGCACACUACGAUUCAGGUUGGCACGAUAGUGUGAAAAGGUAUGACUCCUGACUAGGGCUGUGGAGGUCAUGACAUUUUGUUAGCCUGUGAUUGUCAAGCAAAUAACUGCCGGCUCUCCGUCACGUGAUCAGGUCUUUCUCACAGGCUACAUACAAGUGAAGACAGACACAUCGGGGACGCAACUGCGCGCGUCCUUAUCCAAUUCCGAGGCGCACAUUGAAGAUAUUGGGAGAACUGUCCACAUUUACUUUUCGUCAGCCAAAAGCACUAGCCUAUGUCAAUCUAAUAUCCCCCAUAGUACAAAAGUUGACCUAUUCUAUUCUGUGAGAUAAAUAAAUAUUCCAAACAUAGUCUGGGACAGUUGUGGGAUGUGAUAGAUCCCAAAUUAAUACAACCACUAGCAUCAAAAAACCUUUUUUAAGCAAUGAGCCUGACACAACAGAUCAGAACGUUUAGCUUAAAAUGUUGAUUAAAUAUUCGGCUAUUUCUUCACAUUAUAAACUCAGCAAUGCGCACACGGCAAUAGGCUAUAAGCGUGAAUGUUCCAUUAGCAGGAAAACACCAUUCUCAAAAGUGACCGCAAAUGUGAUUAUGCAUGUAAUGCUUUUAUUAUCAAGAUGCAUUUUUAUGGUGAAAAUGAUCUUCCCCAAACUUGAAACUCACACGCUGCGUAUGUAUGCCAGGUAGGGUCUACACCCAUUGUAUUGCGGAUUAAUGUGCUUCAUUUUAAGAAGUUAUUUGGCCACUUUAGUUGUGAUACAAACCUUAACAAAACAUAUAGGCCAAUGGGCUAAGCUACAUGAGGUGUGCGACUAUGAUUAGAAAAAGUCGCCAAAAAAAAGGCAUGUGCUGUUUCUUGCCAUAAGCUGUGCAUCAUUCACAAGUGAUAAUAUAUAAUUCACAAGUGAUAGGCUAAUAUUGUCACCCAUCAGACUAUACUUGAUUUAAUCAUUACAUAUACUAAAUAAUAUACAGUACCAGUCAAAAGUUUGGACACACCUACUCAUUCCAUAGUUUUGAUGUCUUCACUAUUAUUCUACAAUGUAGAAAAUAGUGCAAAUAAAGAAAAACCCUUGAAUGAGUAGAUGUGUCCAAACUUUUGACUGGUACUGUAUGUGUGAAAUUUGUUUUGAUUUAGAACAGACCAUUAUCAUGCACCUGUCUCGAAACAGGGGCAGGGGAAAAAAAUACAUGUAAUCUAUGCACUUAAAUAGAGAAUGGAGGACAUGUUUCCCAUGGUUCAUUUUCAUGCCAGCCAGGUAGGCUAUUCUCCUGUUGUAAAGAGAAGCAAUGUGCUUAAUAUUAGGAAAGUUGAGAAAUAAAUAUAGUAGGCCUAGCCUAUAGAAAGCUGAUGGGAUCCUCCUCUUUUUAAUAGAGGCCAUCACUCUGUUUUCUCACGCAAUUGCAUAGUCUAUAGAAAUGUUGCACAACAUGAGCUCAUGGGCUCUCAUGAAGUGUUUGAUUAGAUUUUCGAUUACAUUUUAAUUGAUGUCAGAGUGAUUAGAGGGACAGUAGAGUGCUGAGUACCAGGCAGUUAGCAAGUUUGGUAGGCUACUAAUGACCAUCAGCAGCAUCAGAUCUUGGAGAAGACUAAUUACAGUGACUAAACGGUCACGUGCAAUUUGACCGCCGUCAUGACUCGUGACCGCCGGUGUGGUGGUAAUACAGUCACUUUAACAGCCCUACUCCUGUCUGUGUUCAUCUUGUUCAGGUGAACUCUAACCUCUAACCCCUGACCUGUAGGUGCGUGCUGAGAUGGAGAGCCUGGUAAGAGAUAAAGGGAUCAACUCGUUCCAGAUGUUCAUGGCCUAUAAGGACCUGUUCAUGCUGAGGGACUCAGAGCUCUUCCAGGCCCUACAGAACUGUAAGGACAUCGGGGCCGUGGCCCGCGUACAUGCAGAGAACGGAGAACUAGUGGCCGAGGUGAGUCUCAGACAAUGGUUCAAUAUGUAGUCCCAUAUCAAUUACUUUUCUUCCAUCAUAUCUUUGAUCAGAAAUAAAUACAACAAAGUCAGCUUAAUUUCAUUAAUUACUUUUAAAAACCCUUACUUAUUUAUCCAACUGUAAGAAAUUGGCUGACACAAACCGUUUACACAAGUGUGGUAGGGUCCCCUGUAGCUCAGUUGGUAGAGCAUGGCGCUUGCAUUUAACAUUUUAGUCAUUUAGCAGACGCUCUUAUCCAGAGCGACUUACAGGAGCAAUUAGGGUUAAGUGCCUUGCUCAAGGGCACAUCGACAGAUUUCACCUAGUCGGCUCGGGGAUUAGAACCAGCGACCUUUCGGUUACUGGCACAACACUCUUAACCACUAAGCUACAUGCCGCUUGCAACGCCAGGGUUGUGGUUUCGUUUCCCACGGUGGCCAGUAUGAAAAUGUAUGCACUCACUAACUGUAAGUCGCUCUGGAUAAGAGCGUUUGCUAAAUGACUAAAAUGUAAAUGUGUGGGAAACUUACUGGUACUGGUUUUACAGAGGGACUGCCACCACAGUAAGUAGUAUGGAUGUGGGUACGCAGACCCACAAGCCACUGCGGCCCAUCAUGAUGAGUUCUGUUUUUUUUGUGGCCCCCACCAUCAUCAAAGUAGCCCAUCCCUGCCAUAGAGUUAAAAUUACUUGAAAGGACAUUCAACGUUCCAUGAUGGAUGAACCCGGCGGCCAUAUUUAGUGUACAUCCUAUUUCUAUCAGCACAUACACCAGGAUUCCUGUGUGUUUUCUAGGGCGCCAAAGAGGCAUUGGACCUGGGAAUCAGCGGCCCAGAAGGCAUUGAGAUCAGCAGGCCAGAGGAGGUAAGACAUACUAUAAAAGUGUCUGCUAAUUGGCAUAUAUUAUUAUUAUAUAUUGUAGUCUGAGCUCAUAAUGGACACUCCUUGUAUUUCGUUCAUGACUUCAUAGACAAAGCCAUCAAUGGAACCAAUUUCAAGGAGUUAUAUUACAACUGCAGUUUUAUAGUCUUAUUGUUAUCCAGUGAAGCAUUUCCAGUGCCUAUGUUAUAGAUAUCAGCCCUUCAUAAUAUUGUAAUGACCCUAGCAUUGAGGAGUGUCUUAUACUAACUCAAUACAAUAUCCGGUUGUUUUGUCUUUCUCACAGCUGGAGGCAGAGGCCACCCAUCGAGCGAUCACCAUCGCCAAUAGGGUGAGUGUGUUUUUCUGUGUCAAGUUGUUGCAUUUUCUUUAUCAUCAAGCACUUCAGCACAAUGAUAACUGCCCCCGAAAUACCCUGCAAUAUCUAGAAAUAGUCAUGGGCAUUUUGCGUGUUUAUUUCUGGUGAAACUCUCUCUAAAACAUGUUGUCUCGCUCUCUGUCAUUCUCCCUCAGGCCCACUGUCCUAUCUACCUUGUCAACGUGUCCAGCAUGUCAGCAGGAGAUGUGCUCGCCACAGCCAAGAUGCAGGGUAAGGCCAAGGCAUAUCUGUCUUGUCAUAUCCUGCCCUGCCCUGCCCCUUCCUGUACAGAUCACAGAUUACUUUUCAUGUGGUUUGCGACCCUCUGCUGGCUUGGUCUGGGCUGAUCUUCACCACAAGUGCUUUUGGAACCCCACCCGUCUGUCUGUCUGUCUUGUACAGUAACUGGCCACACUACACAUCACUACACACGACACAUCACAGAUAUGUAUGAACCCAUCUAUGUAAUCUGUCUGUAGGUAAAGUAGUCCAUGGGGAGACCACCACGGCACAUGCGGUGCUGAACGGCCUGCAGUACUACCACCAGGACUGGGCCCAUGCUGCAGCCUACGUCACAGUGCCUCCUCUACGCCUGGACCCAAACACACCCAACUACCUGAUGAGUCUACUGGGAAAGUAAGAGCACACAUACAUAAAUACACACACACACACACACACACACACAAACAACUAUCUGAUGAGUCUACAUGGGAAUUAAGUGUAACACAUAUCCUUUGUACCCUGCUGAAGGUGAUUUAUUUAGCGAAUGUGAUGUCCCCUGAACGUCUGUGAAAUUGCCUUUAAAUUCUACCGCUGUGCACAGAUCGUACAUCUGCGUUGGAUUGAAUCCAGGCACCAGUCUUAACAGCUCUUGUAGCUCUCAUUAAUAUAUAUAUACAUUAUUUUAGCUGUUUGCAUUCAAUGGUAUUAUAAAAUGUCAACAAAAUUUCCCCCAUGACCCGUCCUCUCCUCCUUCUCUCUGGGCUUUACCAGUGACACCCUGAACGUAGUGUUAUCAAAUCGAAGUUAAUACAAUAUAUAUUUGCAUUCUCUAAAUGUUUCCCCUGACCUAUCCUCUCCUCCUUCUCUCUGACCCACUACAGUGACACGCUGAACGUAGUGGUGUCUGACCACCGUCCCUUCACCACUAAACAGAAGGCUAUGGGCAAGGAUGACUUCACAAAGAUCCCCCACGGAGUCCCGGGCAUCCAGGACCGCAUGAGCGUCAUUUGGGAGAGAGGAGUGGUAAGCAAACAUGAUGUAUCUCUACUGUUUGUGCGUAGGCAAACCUCUACGGCUGUAUAGAAAGACAACAGAAAUAUUAGAUCUGCAAUUGUGACUGCUGUAACUAACUGCUACCUUGAUACCAUGUUGCAGUCGGCAAUGUAUCUGUUGCAAUAUUUGUUGUGCAUGUUCCCUGUCAAAUACAUAUGCUGUUUGAGUCUAGUGCUUGACAUCUUGAUAACAGAAUUGCUCCCUCUGCCCUCUCCCUUUGACAUGGAACAUUUUGAUUCUUUGCUACUGUAGGUUGGAGGCAAGAUGGACGAGAACCGUUUUGUUGCAGUGACCAGCUCCAACGCAGCUAAGAUCUACAACCUGUAUCCCAGAAAGGGUAGGAUCAUCCCAGGGGCUGACGCUGACGUGGUGGUCUGGGACCCUGAAGGGACCAAGUAUGUAACCAUAUCCACUAUCCACUCCCUCCCUCCCUUCUCACUACUACCGCUAAAGCGAUCCUUUACCCUAUGGGGGAUGCUAAGGUUUUUAUUUUACACACUCUUAGAAUUAGUGGUGACUCGAGGAACCAUUGUUAGUAAAUGGUUCAUAUUUGCACCUUCGGUUAGUUGAGGGGUUCUUGUAGGAAUCUUUAAUGGUUCAAUGUAACAACAGGUUCCUGGAGGAACCCUGGAGUGGAGGUGUGGCUUAGUAGGGGUGUGGCUUUAAGAUAGAUAUAUUUUGGGCCACCUGUUAGAGUAAAUGUAAUUCCUGUUCAUGUGUUCUGUUGUAUUGUCAUCACAAGGUUGAACACUGACAGUUUUGCAGCGUCAAUGAGGCUAACAGAGGUGAGUUUCUCAAGAGCCUAUGCAAUCCCAAAAGUUGGAAUAGUUACAACUGUAUUAUAUGUAAUCAGUAAUGUUAAUAUUAUAUAAAAAUAUGUAAUAUGCAAAAAUGUUCAAGGAUUUAGUGUUGUUGUUGCAGUAUUCAAACGUUACAUGAUGAACAGGAAUGACAUUUACAUUAACGGGUGGCCAAAAAGAACUAUCCGAAAGCCACGCCUCCAAUAAGCCACGCCUCCUAUCUGAUAGGCUGACACAUCUACAAUAUAUUAUUAAAAAGGAGGAAAAAAAAAUCCCAACACAAAAAGGUUCCGGUUUGAACCUUUAAACAGGGGUUCCUCAAAUACACUUUUCAGAACCUUUUUGAACUAGAAAGGUUAUGCCGGUGUGGCAACUCAUAAGGUUCUUCCAGGCACAUUUACCUCUAAUAAUAAUAAUAAUAUAUGCCACUUACCAGAUGCUUUUCUUACCAACUGAGCCACACAAGACCAAUAACCUAUCGUAUGUGUUAAGAAUAUAUAUUUCUCUGUGUCCAGGACCAUCUCUGUGGACACACAGGUGCAGGGUGGAGACUACAACCUGUACGAGAGUCUUCGUUGCCAUGGUGUCCCCCUGGUUACCAUUAGCCGUGGUCGGUUGGUCUAUGAGAACGGAGUGUUCACGUGCUCCGAGGGCUCUGGGAAGUUCUAUCCUCUCAGAACCUUCCCUGACUACCUCUACAAGAAGAUGGUGCAGCGGGAGAAGGUAUUGUAAAAAGCCAUCAACAGGAUGUGGAUUUGAAAAUGUUCCUUUACCCAUGAAUUUUGCAGCAGACAAAAGGUGAUCUUUGAAUCGCAUAAACUUUCUAUACCUGCUUCAGAUUGUCUUGAUUGUCAUCAAGUAUUAUUAAUGUGUUAUUACUGUGUGUAUAACCAGAGACUAAUGAUUGUGUGUGUCUAUGUAAUUAUUGUGUGUGUCUAUGUAAUUAUUGUGUGUGUCUAUGUAAUUAUUGUGUGUGUCUAUGUAAUUAUUGUGUGUGUCUAUGUAAUUAUUGUGUGUGUCUAUGUAAUUAUUGUGUGUGUCUAUGUAAUUAUUGUGUGUCUCUCUCUCCUCAGUGUCAGGCCCUGAAGCCCGUGGAGCGUGAGCCCUACGUAGGAGACGUAGCAUUGAUGAAUUCUGGGAAGAAGGACUGUGGACAAUGUGAUGGGGACACUCCAACACGACCACACACCAAGCACGGAGGACAGAGAGACCUGCAUGAGUCCAGCUUCAGCCUCUCUGGUAACACACACACACACAUAUCACUUUGCAAUUUGGGAUUGUAUAAUUUGCAUCUCUGCCUCUAAGGCCUAUAUAACUUUAUUAAUCACCAGCUCUAAUGCAGUAUCUACUAUAUCUAUGUGUUUCAAUCUCCACUGGUAAGAUGCACAAUUAGCUACAUUUUGUUAACCUGACAGAUUGUUAUUUCCCACUUUUUGUUUUAUCAAUCUCUCCAGGUGCCCAGGUCGAUGAUAAAAUCCCAAAGAGAUCUUCUGCGAGGAUUCUGGCCCCCCCAGGUGGUCGAUCCAGUGGCAUCUGGUAACUGUGGAAGAGUAGUGAGUUCUAGAACCAAACAGUUACUGUAGUUCUCUAUUAGAAUGAAGAAUGAAACCUGAAGGGAAGUUCAGGGCCAACCAAGACAAACUGCUUGUUACGUUCACCCAGAAAGCAUAGAAAGCAAAGAAAACCUUACAUGUUAUUUCAAAAACGAACUCACGUAUUUAGUGUAUAUAUGAUGACAGGGUCUGAGUAACAUUUAUAUGACAUUGAUGUCAUUUUAAUAUUUGUUGGAAUAUCUGCCUGUAUGGUCGAACCCUGAACAAUAUUGGGCUUAACAAAUUUUAGACAAAUCGAAACUAAAUUUGCACGGUAGCUAAGUUGCUAGUUGACUGUUUUGGAUACAUGUAUGUAUGUUAGAGAAAGUACUCUAUGUCAUUAUACACUAAUGGUUUUAGGGGGAUGAUGGGGUUGAGUUGAUAAUUGGUUUACCUCACUGUUUAACCUACAAUAUUGCACUUGUAUCAUGUACUACUUAGCUGCCUUUUCCUUACAUGAUUUUAUGUGUAACAAAACAACUUUUUCUACCAAUACAGAACUGUCAUGAAUUCACGUGAUUAGUUAUUUACUACACAAUAUCUCAAAGCACUUGACAUGAUAUAACGUGGAUAUCAUAAUUUAUGUGUGAAACACCUAUUUUCUUUUCCGGUUCCUUCAUGAUUCCAUUUGUCUAAUAUUGACGAAAACUCAAAUGCAAGCUGAUACUUUUAAAUUGUUUUGUAUCUUACAAUGUUAUUUGAAAAGAUGUCCCUUUAGAUCACUGUCAAAAGUAUAAUCAUGAGUCCUGAACAACUAAGGAUGACAUAGCUCAUCAAAAUACGUAGGCUAAGUAAGUUCAGAGUUUUUAUAGCUUCUAUGUUGCUGUUUACAGUUUAAUAUAGUAGCACUCCUUCCUGGUCAUCUCAUCUCCCAUCAAUGUGAAUGAACCUCCGCUGUGUUUACUGUAUGUAUGUUGUGGCAUAGAACACUUAUAUGUGAGGCACUGAUAUGACUCAUAUUUAGCAGCAUUCUAUGUGUAAGUGGUGGUAUGAUAUUUCUUUACUUUUUUCUGUCUGUUAGCGAUAAGUUAGUUAGCUCCACUCUGAAAUGCCUUUUUCUCACAAGAGAAGUCUCACAUUAAACACAUAUACAGUUACUAGAGAUAACAUGUUUAUCAUUGGGAUUCCUCUUAGGAUGUGCAAACUAACUACUGAGCACAUAACACGUUUUAUUACUUUGAGUUUCUUUUUUUAAUUACGACACUGAGGAAUUCUGGUCUUGCACUGAAAAGUAUUUGACAGUUUUGUAUAUCUUUUGGGUUGACAUUUCCAAGGUUGUAACACUGUCGAUUGGGUAAGAGAAGUGCAUGAUCUAUAAUUUGAUUGAAUCU